AUGACUACGAAGAUACAGCUUUUCCACCGCUUCCUCACAAUACCCAUUGGAAAGGGGGUACGACAAGGCGAUACUAUACCUCCGAAGCUGUUCACGGCUGCAAUGCAAUGGAUAAUGAAAUCACUAUCCUGGGAAGAAAGGGGCAUACGUGUUGAUGGGAGCUUUCUCUCGAACCUUCGUUUCGCGGACGACAUCGUUCUCUUUUCGAGCAGUAACAAUGAAGCAGAAACGAUGCUCAACGAAUUGAACGAAGAAGGGAAGAGAAUAGGACUGCGAAUAAACAGAAAGAAGACACAGUUCAUGAAGAAAGCCUAUUGCGAGGACGGAGGAGUGCACGUUGAAGGCUCCCAAAUCGUGGAAACUUCGUCGUACGUGUACCUCGGACGUUCUAUGAACAUGGAAAACGACUUGAAGGAAGAACUGAAUAGAAAAAUGAGAGCAGCAUGGGUAGCAUUCGCAGCCGUCAGGGAACCAACUGACGGACCAAGAUCUUCGUGCCCAUCUAUUCGACUCGACAGUUCUUCCAGCGCUUUGUUACGCAGCGGAGACGGACACUGCUGCCACGUCUAG